AUGGGCACUCAGUCAGGCCGGGAAAGAGAAGGACGAAGGGGCAACAUGCCUCGAUACACCAGGCCCCCCAACACCUCCCUUUUCAUCAGGAACGUCAGGGAUACCACCAGACCUGAGGACUUGCAAUGUGAAUUUGGUCGAUAUGGCCCUAUAGUAGACGUACACAUUCCACUUGACUUCUACACUCGCUGCCCAAGAGGAUUUGCUUACUUACAAUUUGAAGCUGUCUGUGAUGCAGAAGAUGCUCUUUAUAACCUCAAUAAAACGUGGGUAUGUGGUCAUCAAAUUGAAAUACAGUUUGCACAAGGUGAUCGCAAAAUACCAGGCCAAAUGAAAUCAAAAGAACGCCACCCUUGUUCUCCAAGUGAACAUAGAAGAUCAAGAAGGCACAGUAGAAGGACUCGAAGUAGAAGUUCUUCAUGGGGAAGAAGCCGGAGACAAUCUGAUAGCCUUAAAGAGUCUCCUCGUAGGGGACUUUCUUAUAGCUGAUCUAAAUCUCGAUCUAACUCAUUAACAAGGCGUUCUACCUCAGGAAGGAAAUCAAGAUCUCCUAGAAGAAAUUCUAGUUCUAGACGAUGAUCAAGAUCUGAGUCCUUACAAAAAAGGACCACAUCUGUGGGAAAAUCACAGUCAAGUUCACCUCAGAGGCAGACUAUCUCAGGGGCAAAAUCAAGAUC